CCUCGCUUGCGUCGCAGGGUAAAGGAGAAAUUUAGUCUUUUAUUCUCCAAUUAUCCCAUCGGCGCCCGCUUCUUCUCCUCUCAGCGCAUUUUUUUUUUUAAACAAAUAGAAACCGGCAUUUUUCUUUGAGUAAACAAACCAAACGCUCAAUGAUCUUUUAUCUCUUUCCACCCUUGAAUGAAACAAAAAGAGGUGCAAGACGAGGAGUAAACUGCUCCAGCUGCGGUGCUGUGGUGUGUUUCUUUUAUCUUUGUAGGUCAUUCCCUUAACUUGAUGCUGUUGACGCUCCCUUCACUGUUUACAGCUUGAGGAUUUAAAUGCGGGGAAUCAACUUAAACUUGAACUGACUGAAAUGGGCAACCGCCUUUCAUUCUCGGGCAAAAAGAUAGAAUAAUGAACCGCUAGGAAUCUGAGCAUCCUGUGAAAAAAAAAAAGGUCUAUGCAUUUAAAAGAACUGGCUCAGCUCUGCCAACCCUCACCUUUUACAUCCCACUGUGUCGCUCCACUACCACCAUAUUUACCUGCUGUACUCAACCCAUGGAGAGUACAAGCCCACCCAGAUAGGAUGCCUGCCUUGCCCCACACGUUGCGUCCCCUCCUGCCCGGCGUCACCACCUCCUUCUCCUUGCGUGUACCUCAACUCUCCGACGGCUCCUCCCGGCCCUCCAGGCUGAGCCCUGCCCCAUACCAACAUGGUGGAUGAGAUGACCACCAUGAAGGAUGACGUCAUCAAUGCCAACACGCUGGCUUGGCUGGUCUGCUCGGGCGUGUCCAUCCUGGCCAACACUUGGAGCAUCCUUAGUGUUAGUGCAAAGCAGAAAAAGUGGAAACCGCUGGAGUUUCUUAUCUGCACCCUAGCAGGGACACACAUUCUCAACAUGGCUAUCCCCAUUACCAUGUACUGUGUUAUAACACUGCGGCGACAGCACUCCAACUACGAGUGGAAUGAGGGUCUCUGCAAAGUGUUUGUCUCCACAUUUUACACUUUAACAUUGGUCACCUGCUUCUCCGUCACCUCGCUCUCCUAUCACCGUAUGUGGAUGGUGCGCUGGCCUGUGAACUACAGGUUAAGUAACACCAAGAAGCAAGCGGUUCACACAGUGAUGGGCAUCUGGAUGGUGUCCUUUAUCCUGUCCACCCUUCCAGCAGUGGGCUGGCAUGACACCAUCGAUCGUUUCUACACCUCUGACUGCAGAUUUAUUGUGACAGAGAUCGGCCUGGGCUUCGGCGUGUGCUUCCUGCUGCUGAUCGGCGGUAGUGUGGCCAUGGGUGUGAUCUGCAUCGGCAUUGCUCUCUUCCAGACCUUCUCCAUUCAGGCAGGCCAUAACGCUGAUAAGAACAAGUUCAACGUCCCAACCAUUGUGGUGGAGGAUGCUCAGGGGAAGCGCAGAUCAUCCAUUGAUGGAUCAGAGCCUCUCAAGACUUCGCUGCAGAUCACUUACCUGAUCAGUGGCAUUGUUUUCAUCUACGAUUUCUUGACUGGCUUUCCUAUACUGGUGGUGAGCUUUGCCAGUCUAAAGUUUGACCGCUCCUACAACUGGAUGGUGCUGUGUGUGCUGUGGUGCUCCAUUGCUCAGUCCAUUCUGCUGCCCAUGUUUCUUUGGGCUUGUGACCGUUAUCGGGCCGACAUUCAUAUGGUGUGGGAGAAAUGUGUCGCUAUCAUGUCCAAUGAUGAAGUGGAUGAGGAAAACAGCCAAGAUGGAGGAAUUCAUGCCGACUUAAUAUAUGACAGACCAUAUGACUAUAGCUCGGCGCCUGAAAUCGUGACGAUAGACCGUAAUGCCAAGUUUGAGUUCUCAACCUUAGAAAGGGGGGUUCUGCAAGGGUAUCCAUUGAGGGAACAACAGGAAGAUAAAAUGCAGUAUUUGCAGGUGCCCCCUACAAGAAGAUACUCCCACGACGAAACAGACAUGUGGAUCAGCGACCAGAUCCCCUCAUACCUGCACCGAUGGGGCUCCACAGAGGACGUGAUAGUGACUGCCCACUACAGCUCCACCUUGCCGCGCCGCGAGAGGCGCAGGAGCAGCCUGGUGUCCUACCACGAGGAGAGCCACUAUCAUCACCACCCUCACCGCAAGCGGCGGCGAUCUGAGGACAGCAUGCAUUCCCUCAAGCACUUGCCCCGCAUCGUGUGCGGUGGGGAGCGCUAUGAGGACGAACUUCGGUGCUUCAGCCGAGACGAGGUGAUUAACUUUAUAGACGAGACUCCUGUGCCAAGCCCCAGGAAGAGCCCACGCCGUACCUCCACCAUCUCCCUCAUCCCCCUCAUCCCCAACGUGUACGAACAGAACGCCGUCAUUCUUCCCCACUUUCCACUUACAGACUUUGAGCGAGAGCCACAGGUGCUCAGGAGAACUUCUGAACACAAACGGCUCGGCAGCAGGGGCAGCUCACCAGAGGGCUCCCCGAAACCGGAGAGGUCUCCCGGUAAGACGAGCCAUGGGGCUUGUGGCUCAGGGAAAGGCUGCAGUAAAAAUCUUCGUGAUGGGAGACAACAAGAAGGAGGGGGUUCACCUGGUCAUAGGGAGAGGACUGCGGGGCAUUCGAGCAGCAGGCCCAGGACAGGUGGAGGUGUCCAACCCAAAGCUGGAGCUGACUGGGUGAAACAGAAGCACCUCAGCAAUGCUGAGAAUAAAGCCAGCAUAAACAGUUUUGUAAGCAAACCCUCAGCAUCAUCCUCGGGAUACAUCACAUUUCACUCUGAUUCUGUUGGCUCCUCCACCUGAAAGCAAACAUCUACAUUGAUAUAAAUACUAGGAUCAAAUAUUUAAUUAAAAAACUUUCUGGUUUAAGAAAGGUUUCAUGCUGAAACAUAUCAGCCUUUUUAUUUGUACAAGUAUUCAAUUUUAUUACCUACCAGAGAUAAACAUUUGCUAUCCUAAAUGGCCUUAGGAGCUUUGGACCUGUUUUUUUUUUGACUGGGCCUUGUUUUCUUGUGUGGGCCGGUGACAAUAUAAGUCAACCCAGCUAUUUGUCUGUCACAACGCAAAAUCUCCACUGAGGAACACUUUUCUGCCAGUACUUACUCAAAUAAACUGUUUUUAAUCUGUGUGAUCAUUCCCAAACCUUUGUUUUUGUUGUUUGGUUCUUAUAGGAGGGUGAAAUAUUUCCAUGUGCAUUGACAAGGAUGUUUUAGGAAUUCUUUUGUUUUCAUUUAUACCUUGAGCUUGAGUUUUAUUUGGCCUGUAACAACCCUUGUGUUUUUGUUGUGUGGUAUGGACACAGACUUUCUUAAAUACAACAUAUUUUAUUUUAGCUUUGCUUGAUUGCUGAAAUAUUUAUUUUUAUUGUUUGUUUUGUUUUUUGUUAUCAUAACAUGAAACUUUUUAGCAAACAUUUUUCCCAUAAAAUGGAAAAUGUGUUUAUUUUUUCUCCCACACUAUUGAUUGCCCAGUAAUGGUUUCUCUCAACUACUAAGAAAAUAAAGACCCUUCCUUUAUAUAUAAAAAAAUAUUUUUAAAAAUAGAAUCCAGAUGUAUAUAUAUGAAAUAAUUGGACAUUUAUGUUUUUAGAAAUUUCUGUUUACGUAUCACAUUUACUCUCUAAGGCUGACCUUACUUGACUUUGAUGAUAAUGAGGCACAAAUGUAGCUCAUUACAUAACAAACAGCUUUUAAGACAAAUAUGCAAAUUGUGAUUUUUACUCCCCUGUUGGUCCUCAAAACCCUUAACCUCACACUUGCUGUGAUUCAGAUGUACAUUGAAAUUAGUAAACGCUUUUAAAUUAACAAACUAAAACACACUAAUUGGAAAGCGAUAAUUUGAACUAAACUUUACACCAUUAAAAAAUACAUUAGAAUAUCAAUAGACCUAGUCUGGAGGGUUUUCUCCAUCCGAUGUGCUGUUUGAUGAAUUUAUCUGUUUGAACUUCACAACAAAACAGUGAACAUUAAAGUGGAGUAUAACCCUACUGUGUGCCUUAUAAAUGUUGAUAUCAUCCUGGAGAUUUCUCCCAUUUGAUCUUGUUUUAACCACACAACUCAGUCUAUUAUAUUGUUUUAUAUUAGAGCAAUUCAAAGGUCAUACUUAGUAAGUGGAAAGGAAAUAAAAUUUACAUUUGUAUAUUUCAUGUCCCUGUUUCCAUAUUAUGUGGAGUAGCAUUUUUUUUUUUUUUGACAAAAAUAAAUCUUCUCCCACUCUUUGAUCAAGCUAAGUUAAAUUGGACAGGUAAGCAUAAAUGAAGUGUCUUUCCAAAUCCUUGUUGGAUCGAAUGCUUUGUUGCUCUGACUAUAUGUUUAGCGUCACUAAGCUUCUUGAAGAUGUGCAUCCCACCCCACUCCAAAGUAUUUCUCAGUCUCUUAAGAUCUUAUUCCGGGCUCCCUUUGAUUUGGCACCAUUCAGGUUUCCAUCUAUUCAGACCAGUUUCUCUGGCUUUGAGCUAGAACAUUCCCACUGCAGAUGCUGCCAACAUACUGUUUUACUGUGGUGGUGUGUUCAGGGUUAUAAGCUGCGUUAAUUUUCUAACAACAACAAACAAACUAAUUUGAUCCCAUCUAACCAGAGCACCUUCUUCUGUGUGUUUUCUACAUCCAGAAAAAAAGACCUAUUUUACCUUUUUUUUAAACAGCUGUGUUGUUCUUGUCACUCUGCUAUCUUUUUCUAUUGGCACUUGGUCAGACAAGAUUUUUUUUCCUAUGGAAUCAGAGUAAAACCAACUGGAAAACGGCUGAUAUUUAGCUGCUUUUCAUUACACAACACAUUGAAAAAGAAAAAAAGCAAAUCUAUCUCCUUCCACUUAACAUUUAUGCCCUUCUUUGUGUUGUUCUGGCUCACAAACUUACCUAAAUAACAAACAAACACACACAUCUGUGGUUCUAACACAUCAAAGGAUGAAAUAGGAGAAAUUAUUUUACAAGGCAAUUUAAGGCCUGCAUUUAAUUUAUUAUAAAUUCAAAUUUUUAUUGUGGUUUACUUUUGCUGAAUUGCAAAAAUAUUUAAAGACGUUUUAUCACAUUAGCACCCUCACUGAAAACUGACCAUGUGCAGCUUCCCAGUUAAAUCCACAAGCAAAAUGUAAGUCUCUUCCAAAGUUAUAAUUAUAGGAAUAAUUAUGAAGGAUACUGACAGUAAAUAGAGGACGCAGUUGGGAGCAUUGAGUGCUUGUGGAUAGUAUUUGUGAAUGUGAAUGUAUUUUCACUAAUAAAUUUCAGCUUUUUUAAAAGGCAUGAGAAAAAACUGAAAUGGUUCCCCGUCACUCCUUUAUUUGUUAAGAAAUAGUUUUUUCCCCAUCUACGUUCAAAAGUAAAAAGGUAGCAUUUACUGGGCAUUUAUGCUUUGAGUCAUAGAGCCUUCUUUUAGCUGUUUCAUUCAAAUUUUAUGUGUUCCUGGUUUUCCUAAAAAUGUCAGAAUAUUUGGUUAAAAUGUUUUGCUUAAUUUUUUUUUUUUUAAGCAAAUCACCUCGCACAAAUGUUGCUAUGCUAUAGCUAUAUAUAUUUUUUAUUUUGUUGUAUUUGAAAUAUUUUUGUGACAUAUUCAAAAGUUCAUUACUCAAAUAUGAAUGACGUUAAAUGUUAAAUGAGUUUUUCUGUUAAGCUAAAGACUUUGUUAACAUGAUAUGAUUAAACUCACGUAAAAAGAAGAAAAUGUGUUCAAAAUCUUUCUGGUGUUUUUUUCAUUUAGUAUAGUUGGAAAAUGUAAGUCUAAUGAGCUAGGUAUAGGAAAUGUUUUCCCAAUGCUGGAAAUAAUAAGUUUUUUUGCUAUAUCUGCUCUUUCAGUGAAAAAAAGCUAAUCUGGUCAGGAAGCAGGCUGAAAUACCCCCAUAUACAUGAAAACAAUCUUUUCAUACAGUAAAGAGAGAACUGUAAAACCAUAAGAAUGUUUACAGUUUGGAAGGAGGUCUUUACUUUAUACUUUUCUCUUUUCAACAUUAAACUAUCUGCUCAUGUUGCAUGAAAGCUUUUUUCUCCUUUUAAUUUGACCCAAGAAUAUCUGUGGAUUGGUGGUUAAGUCUAUAAUUUUCCACAGCUCCGCAACAAGCCCAAAUUAUGCUAUAUCCAACACCAUGCUCGGUAGUUUGUACGAGAGGUUUGUUUUUCAUAAACAGUUUGUAUUUUAUGAAAUGUUAUGCUGUGAACUACCCAGUCUA